CAAAAAGCGGAAACAAAAGAAAUCAUACAUAUCUCAAAACUAAUUUUGGUGCGCUGAGCCGAGAAACGGGUAUACAACUGACAGUGUCCAGUCGUUACAUCAAACAUAUAAAGCAGGGGGCUGACAUGGCUUUGAAAAGAAUACAGAAGGAGUUGCAUGACUUGCAAAGGGACCCUCCUGCUCAAUGCUCAGCUGGACCAGUUGGAGAGGACUUGUUUCAUUGGCAAGCCACCAUCAUGGGACCUACUGACAGCCCAUAUCAGGGAGGAGUAUUCUUCCUCACCAUCCACUUCCCCACAGACUAUCCCUUCAAACCACCAAAGGUAGCCUUCACAACGAAAAUCUAUCACCCAAACAUAAACAGUAAUGGUAGCAUUUGUCUGGACAUUCUGAGGUCACAGUGGUCCCCAGCACUUACAGUUUCGAAAGUUUUAUUGUCCAUAUGUUCUUUGCUAUGUGACCCAAACCCAGAUGACCCCCUAGUCCCAGACAUAGCACACAUCUACAAGCAGGACAAAGAAAAGUACAACAGAUUAGCAAGAGAUUGGACUCAAAAGUAUGCAAUGUAAAGGACUGAUGUUUUAGACAAUGGAAAAAGCUUAAGCAAAUGUAUUUCCUGGACACCUCUGAAAACAAAGUACUGUUGCCACCCCUCAUCCACACUGGUUCAAGAACGUGUUUUAUAUGGGAAGCACUUUCAAUGCCCAAAUUAACUGUUUUUAUGCUUUGAACUCAUAAUUUUCUUUGACAUUCCCAAUGUUAUAUAAAUUAUUAUUCAGUUAUUGUUGAGAUAGCCAUAAAGAUUUAAAAAUAUAUAUAUGAAUCCAGUCCCAUCCCUCAUCUUAUAGGUAAUUUUUUUCUUUCUUUUAGAUAUUUUUAUUGUAUAGUAUCAAGCUAUACUUAAUCUAUUUUUAUUAUUUUGCAUUAAAAAGUAAAACGAA